CUUUACUUCAUAUCAUAGUUCAUUAGGACUAGCGUUUGUUAUGAAAGAGAAGAGUUUAAUGGUCUAAGUGAUCUUUGCCUGUAAGGAACAGAGGGGAAGAGUAUCACUCCUGUCCUCCAUCAGCAAAACGGGAGUCUUUGGAAACUUCAGAAAUCAUGGAGGAAUGCAAGAAUGGAAUGUCAGUGGAUUUGUUUUUGCAUUGCUCUCUUGUUCCUGCUGUCUGCAUAGUGUUUUUGCUUUCAUUUGUACAGCGCAGAGCGAGGGCUCAUCCCUUUGAGGAACGUAUUCCAUAUCUCAGGGGUCGAUUUGGCAUUGUGGUGCCAUUGGAUUUCAUUUGCGGUCUAAGUAACCGAUGGUCUUAUGGAUUUGCAUUUGGUGCUAUUGCUCCCAGUGUGAUUCAGCUUUUCUCUGAGUCAUACACACCAUUUACUGUGCCUAACUGGGCUAAAGCAAUUGUGUACCUGGUAGGAGCGAUAGAAGUUGGUGUGGCCUACCUGCCAUUCUUUGCUUGUCUUUCAACACCACACCGAGUACUAGGAGGGGUUUUAGGUCUUCUAUACACACUCACGUGGCUCAUUGUGAGAAUUUAUGACACGAUAAGCUGUCCUGCUGGACAAAUUUUAGGCCCUUAUGAGAAAUUGAUCAUCCUCUGGCCAUUUUUCCUGUGCCUGUCUUUCCUGUUGGGGCGGUUCAUGUAUAUCAUUGUGAAGGCAGUAAGAAUCCACCUGGGGCUACAAGACAUUGAGAGUGAGGAGGAUCUGCACAUUCACCUAUUCAGAUAUGUACAGACUGUACUGAGACGCCCGCCUGAACGGCCGGAAGAAAAGACCUGGUUCCAAAGAAAAGUAUAUGAAUGGGAUCCUUACUUUAAAUUCCCUAACAGGAUGAUUGGCACAUCCAUUAUCUCUUUGAUUGGCUUGUACAUGAUGACAAUAGCAGACCACAGCUUGAGUGACCUCGCCUUUAGAAAAUUAGAUGGUUUGAUAAACUCAUUUGCAGAGAUUGCAUCGUCCUGUAAUGAAACAAACAACGCGUUCACGUCACUCAUUACCUGGAUGAAUGAGUUCAGCUUUGUUGCAAGAAAGUCUUGGUUGGCAACAACUAUUUUUUCCACUCUGACAUCUGUUACGUACACCUUUCACGUGCUAGUAUGUUACAGGAAACAUUUAAAGAGGUUGUGGAAGGGACAGAGAAGUUUUCUUCCAGAGAAGUUCCGUAAACCAAGCUCUGCUGUCAGCGUGGCUGCUAUAACAAGAUACUCAGGCUGGCAGAUUGCCUUCACUAUGUGGGGGUUUCUGAUAGUUCACUUUGCACAGUUUCUUUUUGCCUUGCUGUUUGUGUAUGCAGUUGUUCUACCAAUCCAGAAAGGACACUUUCUCAGAUGGCUUUCUAGUGUAGGCAUCAUUCUGCUGACAAUACUCUUAGUGAUAGCCUUGGUGGUAGUGCAGAUUAUUCUGGUCCAAGUGUUUUUCCUGCAGGACAAACUCUCACCUAGCGACAAAGAAAAGCCCCUUGCACUCAACAACAGAAAAGCGUUCCACUGCUUUAACUACUUUUUCUUCUUCUAUAAUGUGGUUAUGGGGUUGAGCAACUGCAUUUUGCGCAUUAUAAACAGCUUCGUUGUGGGCACAUGGCUGGUGUCACGAAUUGAUCGGACCAUCAUGCAGCGGGGCUAUGAGUCCAGUGAUCCAGGAUAUAGCACAUGGAUAGGGAUGAUAUUUGCUGAUCAUUACCAUAGCAAUCCAGUUAUGGUGUGUUUCUGCCAUCUACUGCUUGGCAGAAUGCAGGAGAAACAAGGACCUGUAGUGUCCUCUUAUGCAACUUUUGGCAGUAACAAAGGAUACCCAGGAGGGGGCAGAGUACGUGUGCGCUGGCUGCUGCUGUACACACUGCUGAGGAACCCUUCACUCAUCCUGCUGAGAAAAAGAACAAAACUGAACCAGAACGACAACCAUGACCCACUCCUCUUAGCCCGAGCCAUCACCUCACAGGCUCAACAAGCAGCUGCAGAGCCAAAACUGUCAAAUGUCUGAAAGAGCUGGAGCUCCUGAAACCAGUUCCUCUGUGUGAACACAGACACUGAAAUUCAUAACUGGAGUCUUGUGUCUGAAACUAUUGCACUGCUGACGAAACUAACUUUUAGGGGAUAUCCACCUUAUACAUAAAUGUGGAAGUAAGCCUAUGGGUGAGACUUGCGGUUUAUUAGCUGCUAUACGGAUAUAACGAGAAGAAUGACAACGUGCAGUAAAUGGUAAAACUGUUUGCAUUACAAACCAGUGUGUUCAUAAUUAAGAUAAUACAUUAAAAUAACAUGGUAAGACACACCAAUUUGCAAUAUUGAGCAGCAAAACAAGUUGUGUACAGCUAAAAAUAGAAGCAAAUGAAACUGGGAGCCGGACUUAUAAAAUUUACAAAUGGCCACACUCUUUUUUUAUGUAAAAAAAUAGAAAAAUGUGUCUUGCCUUUUUGAUACAAAGGGCCAGAAGGAGAAUCUACCUUCCCAUAAUACAUAUUUGCACUCAUCAUAGCCAUUACAUGGGCUCUUGAAGAUGAAGAAUUUCAUCAAAGAACUGGACUGAGAAAAUGCUAGAUUUUUUUAUGAGCUUCUGAAACAAAUUUGAUUUGGUUUGUUGGUCAAAUAGUAUUUUGUAAUAAAGAAUGUGAAAGCUUUUUUUUUUUUAGGUUUUCUAAUUCUAAGCCUGUAAAAAUAUCAUUUUGCUCUGAUUAGAAUGAACUUAUCUGAAAUAAAUAGAUAAAACAGG